GUUUGGUCAACUUGGCGUAAUAUAAUUAUUAUUUUAACGCUGAUCCGAAUAAUCGCAAAUGCACAUAAUUUACAAAAUAUUAUAAUGUAUAGUAUAUUGAUUUACAGUGUAGUCUUUUUAUUUUGUUGUCGUUAUUUUUCUAAACACAAAUUCGAUGACUAUUCAAUAUUACAAAACGUUCAUUCUCGUGUUAUGUAUAUUAUAACUGUACCCCGCUCUAUGGCGGGUUUGGCUGGAAGACUAUCAGGUAUGAUGCCGACGCCAAGCGCACGAGGGCGAAAAGGAUGGUGUGGUUGUCUUCAGGACGAUGAGCCGCCAGAGAUCACUUAUUGUGUUGUUGACAACUCGGGCACAUUAACACUGCAGACGAUGACUCCCACAAUACCCAUGCCUGAAAAAUCCGAACUAGAUAGAUUGUUUGCCGAGCUGGUGGAAGAAUUAGAUCUCACUGCUCCAAACAAGACGGCCAUGUUAGAACUCCCCGCUGAAAAAAAAUGGCAAAUUUAUUGUAGUAAAAAAAAAGAUCAAGAAAAUACUACAGAUUUAUCACAAUCGCCAGAAUACUAUAUAGAACGAAUAGGCACGUUAAAUGGAGAAAAAGACGAACAAGAAAAUGUUCGCUUAUUCGAUUCAUUGAAGACUGCCUUAAGAACCCAACCACAUAGUUUUGUAUUACGAUUUGUACAAGCUGAUGGCCUAGUCGCUCUUCUAGAAGUUUUGUCGUCAAUGGAUUAUGAUACACAACAAGGAGCAAUGCACACUUCAAUAAUAGGAUGCAUUAAAGCCCUUAUGAAUAACUCUACUGGGAGAUCUCAUGUUCUAGCACACCCUACUGCUAUAAGCACAAUCGCUCGGAGUUUACUUACGGAAAACCCUCGAACUAAAGUCGCGGUCUUAGAAAUUCUCGGUGCGUCCUGUUUAGUUCCAGGAGGGCAUAAAAAAGUGUUAGAUGCCAUGACCGACUACAGAGAGUUUGCUCACGAACGGGCCAGAUUCCAAAGAAUAAUUAACGAUUUAGAUAGGAACACGGGUAUCUACAGAGAUGACCUGACAGUGAAAACUGCAAUCAUGUCAUUUAUAAAUGCUGUAUUAAGUUAUGGGCCCGGCCAAGAGAGUUUGGAAUUCAGACUACAUUUGCGGUAUGAAUUUCUACAGCUUGGUUUAAAAAACAUUAUUAACAAAUUAAGAGAGCACGAGAAUCAAACCUUGGACCGGCACAUGGAUUUUUUUGACAUGGUCCGAAAUGAAGACGAAAAAGAAUUGGCAAGAAAAUUUGAACAGGAGCAAGUUGAUACCCAAAGUGCAACUUCUAUGUUCGAUUUAAUUCGCAGGAAAUUAAGUCAUUCUCCGGCGUAUCCUCACUUUCUUUCUCUUUUACAACAUUUCUUGUUGUUACCUUUGGAUUAUGGGAGUCUACCUCAACAUUGGCUAUUGUUUGAUCGGAUUGUUCAACAGAUCACACUUCAAACUGAUUCUGGUAUCGAUAAUGACGUGACACCAAUCAGUAUAAAUGUUAAAGAAAUAGUUCAACAACUAGCCAAAGAAGAAGAACUUGUAGCUGCAAGAAAUAAGGCAGAAGAAUUAGAGAAAGAAAACAGUAACAUUGUUGCUUCACUAGCUAAAAAAGAACAAGAACUAGACUUAAGGAAUCAAGAAAAAGAAGACAUGGAAGCCAGUAUUACUAGAGUCAAAGAACGUCUAGAAAAAGAGCUCUCCACUCACUUAGAAACCAAACAAAAAUUAUCUGAACUUGAAGACACCGCAAGUGAACUUCAACAUAGGAUAAUGUACGAACAAGAAGAAAGACGGAAGCUGGAAGCGAUGCUUAACAAUGGGAGCUUACCAGAUGAUGCUAAGGUCAACUUUGGCACUACUGCUGCACCAUCUGCACCUAUUCCACCUCCACCUCCUCCUCAACCAAUAUCCAAAGCUCGUGGUUCAGCUCCACCUCCAGUUCCACCACCUCUUCAAAUUCUCCAACCCAAUCUUCCACCUCCACCAGGUUGUCCUCCACCACUACUCACCAAACAGAGGUCUGUAGAAAUUCCUAAGCCGUCUGCUCCAUUGAAAUCGUUCAAUUGGUCUAAGUUGCCAGAAACUAAAGUAGCUGGAACAGUGUGGGCCGAUAUCGAUGAAGGCAAAAUGUACUCAACUAUUGAUCUCGAAACUGUGGACAAACUGUUUUGCGCCUACCAAAAUCAAAAACCAGUUAACGGCGUAGUUAAUGAAGGAUCGUCAGAAGAUCUCAGACAAGCAGGCAAAAACAAAGCUAAAGUUUUGUCUGUAAUUGACGGCCGCAGAGCUCAAAAUUGUACUAUUUUAUUAUCAAAACUAAAAAUGUCUGACGAGGAAAUAGCUAGAGUCAUACUUGAUAUGGAUACGAAAGAUGUGUUCCCAUUGGAUAUGGUAGAACAACUUUUGAAAUUUACUCCUGGCCCAGACGAAGCAGCGUUAUUGGAAGAACACAGCUAUGAUUUAGAUAGUUUAGCUAGAGCCGAUCGUUUUCUAUAUGAAAUUUCAAAGAUAGCACACUAUGAGCAGCGGCUUCGAAGUUUGGUUUAUAAGAAAAAGUUUGUUGCUUGGACUGGAGAGGUCGAAGGCAGAGCUAAAGUUGUGAUGGAAGCAUCCCGAGAGGUUGCUCGUUCUAGACGUCUCCGAAAACUGUUAGAACUGGUAUUGGCUCUUGGAAAUUAUAUGAAUAAAGGAGCAAGAGGAAAUGCCUGUGGUUUCCGAUUGUCAUCUCUCAAUAGGCUAGCAGACACUAAGUCGAGUUCUGUUAGAGGUACCACUUUGUUGCAUUACAUUGUCGAUAUAGCUGAUAAGAAGUUCAAGGAUAUUUUACAACUGGAAGAAGAUAUCCCUCACGUCAGAGGUGCUUCGAAAGUAAGCUUGGCCGAACUUGAAAAGGACAUGUCACAGCUCAGAAACAAUCUAAAAGAAGUGGAACGUGAAAUCGAAUUCCAGAGAGUUCAACCCGCUGUACCCGGUGACAUGUUCCUACCAGUGAUGAAAGAAUUUUUGACCACGGCUACUUGUAGGUUCUCGGAACUCGAAGAUCUUUUUCAAGAUAUGAAAACUAGAUUCGACAGAGCCGUUAGGUUGUUCGGCGAAGACAAUUCCACCAUUCAACCCGAUGAUUUCUUUGCAGUUUUCGAUUCAUUCUUAACUGCGUUAGCAGAAGCACGUCAGGAUAAUACAAGCAUAAAAAGGCGUCGCGAAGAAGAAGAAAAAAGAAUACGGCAAGAAGUCGAGUUAAAAAAGUUGACGUUAGAUCGUAAAAACUGCAAAGACGGUAACGGUAUUUUACCUAACGGAUCAUCCGGCCGCCGAUCUUCAAACCAAGUGUCUAUAAACGGCACAACCGGUGACAAAGCAGAAUUCGAUGACCUGAUAUCAGCUUUGAGAACAGGAGAUGUGUUCGGUGAGGAUAGCAUGGCAAAGAUUAAGCGAAGCAGAAAAUCCAGACACUCACCGCCAGCUCGAGAACAUAGCAGAGAUAGAGUAUUAAACGUAACACGACAAAAAUAAAAACAAGUAUAAAAUUGUACAAUCAAAUUGAUAUGAAAUUAAACGUUUUUAUUUGCUGUUUA